CGCCCCUUAUCAUUCGUCAGUUGUUGAAGCUGUAUCGAACCAACCGAUUUAUUUGCGUAGCUCGCGAGUGUUCUUUUAUUGUGUGGUUUCAUUAUGGGUUUAACGCAAUACCUCGAAUUAUUUAGUUUAAUAAAUUUAUUCAGCGCUCUUAUUUUAACGUCUUUCAUUUAUCUUUUAAAAGUUAAUAAAAUUAAAUUAAAACGCCAGAGAAGUACCCCAUUGCUAGAUGGACCAAGUGCUAUUAUUCCGUAUUUUGGUAAUGCUCUCACCUUCAUGAUAUAUCCGGAAGAUAUAUCGUCCAAGUUGAGAUACUAUACCCAAAAAUAUGGAUCAAGGUAUCGCCUUUGGAUAGGCGAGAAACUUUCCAUAGUUUUAGCAGAUGCUUCGGAUAUUGAGAUUGCUCUCAUGGGAAAUAAAUUCCUAAAUAAAGGAAAAGAUUUUCACGAGCUGUUCGGCAGAGCUUUCAAAAAUGGAUCAUUCAGCAGCGAAGGAAUGGACUGGAAGAAAAGUAGGAAAAUUCUUCAACAUUCUUUGAAAACAAACGUAUUGGAUAAUUAUGUCGGAGUCAUGAACGAAGAAACUGAAAAAGUUAUAAAGGAACUUUCGGCCAAAGCAAAAACGAUGGAUAUUUUCGAUAUUAGCGAUUACAUUGCUCCUGCACCUUUUAAUAUAAUUUGCAGAACAUUAUACGAUUUAGAAGGCGAUCCCAUAUCUACGGAACAACUUUCUACGUUCAGAAAAGCAGCGGGAGAGUUUCUCGGAGAAUCCUUCCACUUGAUGUUCUAUCCAAAACUAAUUAGAAAAAUUAAGCAGCAAAUUUAUAGAAAAACAAUUAAAACUAUGCUCAAGGAUGUGGAGAUAGCGUAUAAUAAAGUAAUUCUUGAAGGAAAACUAAACAAGAGUGGAAAUGAUGAAAACCACGGUGACGGAAGCAGCACUCGAUUUAUUAAGUACCUUCUCAACGAUGAUUUCUCUGAUGAAGACAAAAAAGCUGAAAUUGUUACCUAUUCUGUUGGAGGAUCAGAAACGUUGACCAUCACCAUAUGUUUCGUUCUACUUAUGUUAGGAAUGCAUAACAAUAUACAGGAUAAAGUAUAUAAAGAACAAGAACUUAUUUUUGGUGAUAGUGAUAGAGAAGUUACUGCAGACGACAUUAAACAGAUGGAUUAUUUGGAACAAGUGUUGAAAGAGGUGUUGCGUUUGUUUCCAUUGGUUCCUUUUUUCUUCCGCACUGCUCAAGAAGAUGUUGCUUUAGGCGAUAUUACUUUACCAGCGAAUACCGAAUUGAUUUUCAAUGUCUUUGCGGUGCAUAAUAAUCCAACAUAUUUCCCUAAUCCCGAGACCUUUGAUCCCGAACAUUUUUCUAAAGAAAGAUGUGAAAAUUUGCCCAAAGGAUGUUACUUACCGUUCACCAUUGGACCAAGAAACUGUAUAGGUAAAGCGUUCGCAAUGUACGAGAUGAAAAUCAUUUGCAGCAUAAUAUUGAGAAAAUUUCGUAUUCACACGUCGAUGAAAAUAGAAGAUAUCAAAUUAAAAUAUUCUUUUGUAUUAAACAGUGCGGAUGGUUUUAAAGUAUCGAUUAAUGAAAGGAAGAAAUAAAUCAUCAUAUUUUAUGC